AUGUCUACCUCUCUUGAUCAAUUGAAGGCCUCUGGCACGACUGUCGUUUGCGACUCCGGUGACUUUGCAACUAUCGGCAAAUACAAGCCUCAGGAUGCUACCACCAACCCUUCCCUUAUCCUCGCUGCUUCCAAGAAGCCAGAGUACGCCAAGUUGAUCGAUGCUGCCAUCUCCUAUGGCAAGCAGAAUGGCUCCAACAUUGAUGAACAAGUCGACGCUGCCUUGGACAGAUUACUCGUUGAGUUCGGAAAGGAGAUCCUCGCUAUCAUUCCAGGAAAGGUCUCCACCGAGGUUGAUGCCCACUACUCCUUCGACACCCAGGCUUCCGUCAAGAAGGCCCUCCGCAUCAUCGAGCUCUACGAGUCCGUCGGCAUCAAGAAGGACAGAAUCUUGAUCAAGGUCGCCUCUACCUGGGAAGGUAUCCAGGCAGCCCACAUCUUGCAGUCCCAGCACGGUGUCAACUGCAACUUGACCCUCAUGUUCUCUCUGGUUCAGGCCAUCGCUGCCGCCGAGGCUGGUGCUUACCUGAUCUCUCCCUUCGUCGGCCGAAUUCUCGACUGGUACAAGGCUGCCAUGAAGCGAGAGUACACCGCCGAGGAGGACCCAGGUGUCAAGAGCGUGCAGAACAUCUUCAACUACUACAAGAAGCACGGCUACAAAACCAUUGUCAUGGGCGCCUCAUUCCGAAACACUGGUGAAAUCACCGAGCUAGCUGGAUGCGACUACCUGACCAUCUCCCCCAACCUCCUUGAGGAGCUCUACAACUCCAACGCCGCUGUGCCGAAGAAGCUCGACCCCGCCGGUGCCGCUAACCUUGACAUCCCCAAGCGCAGCUACCUGAAUGACGAGGCUCUCUUCCGCUUCGACUUCAACGAGGAGCAGAUGGCCGUCGAGAAGCUUCGAGAAGGUAUCUCCAAGUUUGCCGCUGAUGCCGUCACCCUCAAGGGCAUCAUCAAGGAGAAGAUCCAGGCCUCCGCAUAA